AUGGUGAUUCCCGGGACUCGAACGCGUGACGUCCGCACCUACCGCGGGGUGCGGCAGCGCAGCUGGGGAAAAUGGGUAUCAGAAAUCCGGCGGCCCGGAGAAAAGAAGAAAAUUUGGCUUGGAUCCUUCGAUACGGCAGAAAUGGCCGCUCGAGCAUACGAUGUGGCUGCCCUAACCCUCAAGGGCUCCUCUGCCCUGCCCAAUUUCCCCAAAUUGAUUGAAACCCUCCCCCGCCCUACCUCCACUAAUGCCAGGGACAUUCAGAUUGCGGCUGCCCAGGCCGCCGCCCAGAUUUCUUCAGCUUCUUCUUCUUCUCCUUCUUCUCUGCAAAAGCCCUCAAUUGCAGAGCAGAAUGAUGAGAUUAAUCGGCCGGAAGAGGAGGAAGUGGAGGAGCCGCUCAUUUCCGACGACUCUUCUGUGGCGCAGAAUGAAAGUCCGCUGGAUUUGGCUUUACAGGCUCUUCCACUUUCGCCCCUGCAGAUCUGUGAUUUUAGUUUUGAUUUCGUUGAUUUGUUUGAGCAGGAGAGCCAGCAACAAAUAUCUUUUGAGCCCCCUGCUUUAAUGGCGAUUCCAAUUGGAUUCGAGAGCUAUAUACCUGUGACUGGAGAAUGGAAUCGAAUUUAG